CGGGGCGGGGCAGAGCGGCGCGCCUGUUUCUGCGCCCAGGGUGGCGAUGGCGCCGGGUGGCUGGCAGAGGCUGCGUGGUCUGUGGGCAGCCGGGCAGCCUCUGUUCCAGGGCCGUGCGCUUCUGGUCACCAACACUCUGGGCUGCGGCGCACUCAUGGCAGCCGGUGAUGGCGCACGCCAGUCCUGGGAGAUCCGCGCCCGGCCUGGACAGAGGUUCGACCCACGGCGCUCAGCCAGCAUGUUUAUGGUGGGCUGCAGCAUGGGCCCCUUCCUGCACUACUGGUACCUGUGGCUGGACCGCUUACUCCCCGCAUCCGGCCUCCGAGGCCUCCCAAACAUCCUCAAGAAGGUCCUCGUGGAUCAGCUCGUAGCCUCUCCUAUGCUGGGCGUCUGGUACUUCGUGGGCCUUGGCUGCCUGGAGGGCCAGACGCUGGACGAGAGCUGCCAAGAGCUGCGGGACAAGUUCUGGGAAUUCUACAAGGCUGACUGGUGCGUGUGGCCCGCAGCGCAGCUGGUGAACUUCCUCUUCGUGCCUCCCCAGUUUCGGGUCACCUACAUCAAUGGUCUGACGCUAGGCUGGGACACAUACCUGUCCUACCUGAAGUACCGGAUCCCAGGCCCUCUCACGUCCCCAGGCUGUGUGACCCUGGGCACCCGAACCGACUGAGCUGCCUAACAGCCAGGACUAGAUGCAAGACAGGGCAACAUCAACGAGGCGCUGACCGCCCCUCAAGCCAAAAGGGGAGCAAACUCCCUAGCAGCCAGGGUCCUGGGGCCACCACCCAGGCCCACCUGACUCCGAGGCUCCCAGCUGAGCUGCCCUUCUGACGCUCACGCCUGGCCUAUUUCCCCAUCUGGACAACCACGAGAUGGACAGUCGUCUCCCAACCCUUUCACUGGAAGCCUAAUAAGACCUGUGACCAAGACGUCCCACCCACAGCACGGGGCCUCAGCCAGGCAGCCGGUCUCAAGCACCAAACCCUGACCACUGCCAAGGCCUGGCUGGGGGCCACACAGCCACACUGGGGCUUUCCCAGGAGCUGGGACCAAGGCAAGGACAUGGCCAUCCCCUUAGAACAGGGUCUGAUCUGGAGUUAACUCCCAAAAGCUUUAGGCAGGACAAGGGAGCCUCCGGGUCUCCUCUUUCCCUGGUCAAGAGCCAUGGAAGUGCUAUUAAAUUCUCUCUGUAAUUGAAAAUCUUGUGACUGUCCAAAGAGCAGGGGAGGGCAGGACGGCCGCAGAGGGACACAGCGCGGUCCAUUCACUUUAUUGGAUUGUGUGUAGAGUGUCAUUACAUCUCCUAGGGGACUGAGGGGCACAUUUGACACUUGUGACAUCAGACAGGUCUGGAGGAGUGGUCCCAGGGUGGUGAAUACACCCCCAGCACCCCACCCACCCAAAAGAUAAAACGCUGGGGCAGAGGAGCCCGCCAGAGGAGCCCGGAUGCCCACCCCUGUGGUCCCGCGGAGAAACCCCGCAGGGGCCCGGCUGCGCUGCAUCAGGAAGGGCUGGCAGCCUGGCCACCCCCAUCACCACAUCAGCCUGCUCUGGGGUGUCAUCUGGUCCCCUCUUCACAACCAACAACUGCUGAUGAGGGUGACUUUAAAAAAAAAGGUGGGGUCUCCAAAGGAGGGUGAGCAGUGACCACGACACGCCACAGCGGAGCAGGGGCAGGGUUCUAUGUACAGGGCGGGGAGGGCGGG